GUUGCCUUUGUCUCCUCCCUACUUCUCGGAGGUCCUGGGAUUAUGCUCCCUUCCAGGAUGCAGGUUUAAGGAUGUCAGAAGAAAUCUGCAGAAAGAUGUAGGAGAACUGAAGAACUGUGGGAUCCAGGAUGUAUUUGUGCUUUGUACCAGAGGAGAGCUUCAAAAAUACAGAGUGCCAAACCUGAUAGACACCUACAAACAGCAUGGGAUAUGUGUGCACCACUAUCCCAUUCUCGAUGGGAAUGCUCCUGACAUUGCCACAUGCUGCAAAAUCCUGGAAGACCUCAAAAGCUGCCUGGAAAAUAAAAGGAAAACAGCAGUACACUGCUAUGGAGGUCUUGGACGCUCAUGUGUUGUGGCUGCCUGUCUCCUCCUUCAGCUCUCGGACACACUGACACCUCAGCAGGUGAUCAACAUCCUCAGGAGUGUGAGAGGAUCUGGGGCCAUACAGACAGUCAGGCAGUACAAUUACCUCCACGAGUUCCGGGAGAACAUGUCUGCGCACCUGGCAGCCAAGGACACGGCGCUGCGGUCCCUGUCGCCAUAG